AUCGAUUAAAGUUUGGUUGAUGUUACUUGAUGGGAAGUGUGCAAAAACGAUCAUUUUCUUCACACUGUUUCGCAAAAUUAUUGAUUUUCUGGCGAGGGGUGAGGGAGGGAGAUGAAAGAAAUGAGCGCCAUUGUAGCAGCCAUUUGUGGCUAGCUCCCACCUUCACCUGAAUGCAAAUAACUACGACACGAUAUUUUGCUUGCCAAUACAGAUAUACUUCGCCUACUGCUUCACAUCGAUAUGAACUCAUUGACUUCGCCCUUUGCGAAAAUGACGCGAUAUUUACUAAGUUGAAUAGAAAAUAUUAGUAGUAGUAAUACUUCUAUUCAUCUUGAUAUUUACAUGAACAUGCAAUUCGUCACGUAGUGACUAGCUGAACUGUGUUUACAAAGUCGGCAUAUAAUAUAGGAGAAAACAGCAUUCAAUUUAGAAAAGGAGCAAUUGUUUCAGAUCCUGUGACACUCAAAAAAAAGAAUAUUGAUGGUUAAUUUAUCAUUAUUGGUGUUUCUUUUUGUUUGAAAUGUUUUCCAAAAUAUUAGGUUCAAAGGUCCGUUUCGUGACUUGGAUCACUGGAAGUCAAGGCAAAAAAGUUUUUGGACUUGUAGGUACUGUAUUGGUUGGUGGUUCAAUCGCAAAAUAUUGCCAGCGCAAUGACACGUUUGUGGUAUCAGCAUUCUUACCGCCAUCCAGAGCAAAGUUUAUGGCAGAACCAAUCACUCCCAGGAAGGACUUGAUAUCCAACGCUAACGACAUGAAGGCUCGCAUGGAACUUUUGAUUAUGAAAAUUCAAGCCGAACUUUGCAAUGCGCUGGAAAACGAGGAGAACUUUGGCAAGAAGUUUACUGUUGAUCGUUGGGAACGAACGGAGGGCGGGGGCGGAAUCACUUGCGUUCUUCAGGACGGCGAUGUGUUCGAGAAAGCUGGCGUCAACAUAUCUGUUGUGCACGGAAACUUGCCAAAGGGUGCCAUACAGCAAAUGCGAUCGAGAGGUAAACAGUUGGAAGAAGGGGAAUUGCCAUUCUUUGCCGCUGGCGUCAGUGCUGUUAUUCAUCCGAGGAAUCCAAUGGUACCGACUAUUCACUUCAAUUAUCGGUAUUUUGAGGUGAAUGACUCAAAAGGACACAAACAAUGGUGGUUUGGGGGAGGGACUGAUCUUACACCGUAUUACCUGAAUGAAGCAGAUGCCGUACAUUUUCACCAGUCGUUGAAAGAAGCCUGUGAUGAGCACGAUCCAACAUAUUAUCCAAAAUUCAAAGAUUGGUGUGAUAAAUAUUUCUUCAUCCCCCAUCGCAAGGAAUGUCGAGGAGUCGGUGGUAUCUUUUUCGAUGACCUUGACACGCCUGAUCAAGAAAGUGCGUUUAAUUUUGUUUCUUCGUGUGCACAUUCGGUUAUCCCAUCAUACCUACCACUUGUGCGAAAGCAUAAAAAUGAAUCCUACGGAGAUCGGGAACGACAAUGGCAGCUACUGCGAAGAGGACGCUAUGUAGAGUUCAAUCUGAUUUACGAUCGUGGAACGAAAUUUGGGUUAUACACACCGGGCGCACGCUACGAAAGUAUUCUGAUGUCACUUCCAUUAACAGCGAAAUGGGAAUAUAUGAAUUUCCCAAAGCCUGACAGCAGGGAAGGUGAGAUUACACACGUACUACAAAAUCCGAGAGACUGGUUACAUCACAAAGUAUGAAAUAUAUAUCGUUAACGAUUGUUUACAAUGUUCUGUGCAAAAUCAUAGGAGAAGAUUCAUUGCAAGUUGUUCCGCUUCCGUUAGUGUAAUAUCAUCAAUUUUCUCGAUAA